CUUCUGCCGCCGCCCCGCGGCCGGCCGGUGGGCGAGCGCGGUGUCGGAGGGCGUGCGGCCUGGGCCCAGCGCUUUCGGUUCACGGAGGAGCCGGGCCCGGGAGCCGAGGGGGCCGUGCUGGAAGUCCGCGUCCCGCAGCAGUUUGUAAGGGAGGUGUUAGUAUUCCCAUGUCAAAAAAAAAAAAAAGGAAGCAGCAGCUCGGGAGAAGUUAGAAGGCUGGAAGAAGAUGAAGUUUGGUGGCUUAACUCCGGCAAUCCUAACCACUUGGGAGACUCAGGUCUUGCAUCUGCAGUAUGGAAUGUACGUCUGGCCCUGUGCUGUGGUCCUGGCCCAGUACCUAUGGUUUCACAGAAGAUCCCUGCCUGGCAAAGCUGUCUUAGAGAUUGGAGCUGGAGUAAGCCUUCCAGGAAUCUUGGCUGCAAAAUGUGGUGCUGAAGUAAUACUAUCUGACAGCUCUGAACUUCCACACUGCUUGGAGAUUUGUAAGCAAAGCUGUCAGUUGAAUAACCUGCCACAGGUACAGGUCGUUGGACUGACAUGGGGCCACAUCUCUCCAGACCUUCUAGCCUUACCAUCACAGGACCUUAUUCUUGCAUCGGAUGUAUUCUUUGAGCCAGAAGAUUUUGAAGACAUCUUAACUACAGUGUACUUCUUAAUGCAGAAGAACCCCAAGGUUCAACUGUGGUCAACAUAUCAGGUUAGAAGUGCUGACUGGUCACUUGAAGCUUUGCUCCACAAGUGGGAUAUGAAAUGUGUCCAUAUUCCUCUGGAGUCUUUUGAUGCAGACAAAGAAGAGAUAGCUGAAUCUGCCCUUCCAGGAAGACAUACUGUAGAAAUGCUGGUCAUCUCCUUUGCAAAGGACAGCCUCUGAAUUACAUCUAUGAGCUCAGCUCUCGCCUGGGACAGUGAAUUCCAUGACCAACAGCCUGCCAUUGGGAUUAGACCACUUCAGCUUCUCAAGCAAGUACAGUGAGAGAACCAGCCAAAUCUGCUGGCCUUAAGACUUAAGAUUGUCAGUUGUAACCUAGACCAUACCCAUGGCCAACGUAAUUAGGAAACAAAAAUAAAACACUCAUAAUUAAGAUCUCUUCCUGUGACACUGGAUAUUGACCCCCGGGACAGAACAUGUCUAAGUUCCCCACAAGGAACUCCAUCUCCAACUCUUGACUGUACCCAUUAAUACAUGAAAGACGGCAGCCACAACACUGGUUCUUAGGGGAACAUGAGUGGCGUUUUCAUGCUUUGUGCAGGACCUAAGCAUCUUAACUUUUGAGCUAUAUAAAAAGCCAGUGGCACUCAACAUUAUAUAGGUCUUUGAAGUGGGGGUAGAAAAGAUCAAGACAUUGUGAGAAAAGCUAACACCAAGAAAACAUUUUAAUUAAACUACAGAAACAAUGGUUAUAGUACAGAAUAUUCAUAA